AUGGCGAGCAUGCAGCUGCAACAGCAAGGAAAUGGUGGAAUCAGUAAUCGCAUUGUAGCCUUUGACCAUGACCACUCUGAUCAUGAGGAACAAAAGCAACAGAAACCUGGAUGGCUAAACUUUCUAUCAUUCGUUGGUCCUGGUUUCCUUGUUUCAAUGGCUUAUCUUGACCCUGGAAACAUGGAAACUGAUCUCCAAGCAGGAGCUAGCUACGGAUAUGAGCUGCUGUGGGUUAUCCUUGUUGGGUUGAUCUUUGCUCUCUUAAUUCAGUCACUAGCUGCUAAUCUUGGUGUAAGCACUGGCAAACACCUAGCAGAGUUAUGCAAGGCUGAGUACCCUAUAUUAGUGAAAUACUGCCUAUGGUUGCUGUCUGAGGUUUCUGUCAUAGCUGCUGAUAUUCCUGAAGGCACGUCCUCUACACUUUACUCAUCCACACUUAUACUGAUUGGGACAGCCUUUGGACUAAACAUAUUGUUCCAUAUCCCACUUUGGGCUGGAGUUCUCCUCACUGGUUUGAGUACUCUCUUACUGCUGGGCCUUCAGAGAUAUGGGGUGAGGAAGCUAGAAAUACUGAUAACAGUGCUGGUGUUCGUCAUGGCUGCUUGUUUUUUUGGAGAAAUGGUGUAUGUAAAGCCUCCUACAUCAGAUGUGCUUAAGGGUUUGUUUGUCCCCAAGCUCAGUGGUCAUGGAGCCGUUGGCAAUUGCAUUGCCCUCCUCGGUGCCCUCGUCAUGCCGCAUAACCUAUUCCUCCACUCGGCUCUUGUACUGUCUAGGAAAAUACCAAAUUCUGUUCGUGGCAUCAAUGAUGCAUGUCGAUUCUUCUUGAUGGAGGCUGCAUUUGCACUCUUUGUAGCUCUUCUAAUUAAUGUUGCAAUGAUCUCAGUAGCUGCUGCUGUUUGCUCGGCCAAAGAUCUCUCAGAUGACAACAAGAAUAGAUGCAACAAUCUCAAUCUUGACUCUGCCUCUUUCCUCCUCAAGAAUGUGUUGGGAAAGUCAAGCUCCACUGUUUAUGCUAUUGCAUUACUAGCCUCAGGGCAAAGCUCCGCUAUCACCGCAACAUAUGCUGGACAAUUUAUCAUGCAGGGUUUCUUGAACCUUAAGAUGAAGGCAUGGAAAAGGAGCUUACUGACCAGAUCGAUUGCCAUCACCCCUAGUCUUAUUGUCUCCGUCAUCGGUGGAUCUGCCGCAUCUGGCCAGCUUAUCAUCAUCGCAUCGAUUAUCGUGAUUUGCUGGAUACUGGGAUUGGGAAUAAUCGGGAUCAACGUCUAUUACCUGAGCACAGGUUUUGUCGGCUGGCUAAUUAACAACAGUUUGCCAAAAGUGGGAAAUGUGUUCAUAGGAAUACUGGUCUUCCCCGUGAUGGCAGUCUAUGUCGUCUCCGUAAUCUACCUCAUUUUUCGGAAAGACGUCGUCGUCACGUUCAUUGAGCCAACGAAGAACGAUAACGCCCAAAUCAAAAUGGAGCACGGGCAAGGUGAUGCCGAUGGCGUGCUCGGGUCUGAGCCUGUUCCAUUCAGAGAGGAUCUUUCUGACAUCCCACUGCCUGAAUAG